AGCCAGGGUGAGGGUCACGUGGCCGCAUGCUCACACCUUCCAGUGCAAACAACAAAGCAAGUCACGUCUCUAGUCAGCUCUUGAUGCCUUUCAGGUCCUGUCUCGAAGGCCGGCAUGCACCUUAAGAUCCUCAAGAAAAGGCACAAAAUGUUCGCGUGAUGGUCAGUGCUGACCUGUGAGGGGUUCGCGUCUGGGAAUCAUGCAGCCGUCAGGACGCCGGCUGCGGGACGUGGAACACCAUCCUCUGCUGGCGGACGACAAUUACGACUCGGCGUCCUCCUCGUCCUCCGAGGCCGACGUGGUGGACGGGGUGUGGUUCAUCCGCGAUGGCUGUGGCGUGGUCUGUGCCAUCGUGACCUGGCUGCUGGUCGUCUACGCAGACUUUGUGGUGACGUUUGUCAUGCUGCUGCCCUCCAAAGACUUGUGGUACGCGGUGGUGAACGGGGUGCUGUUCAACUGCCUGGCGGUGCUCGCGCUGUCGUCGCACCUGAGGACCAUGCUCACCGACCCCGGGGCAGUUCCCAAGGGGAAUGCUACCAAGGAGUACAUGGAGAGCCUGCGGCUGAAGCCGGGCGAGGUGAUCUACAAGUGCCCCAAGUGCUGCUGCAUCAAGCCCGAGCGCGCCCACCACUGCAGUAUUUGCAAGAGAUGUAUCCGGAAAAUGGACCAUCACUGCCCCUGGGUGAACAAUUGCGUGGGAGAGAAGAACCAGAGGUUUUUUGUGCUCUUCACUAUGUACAUCGCCCUGUCCUCGGUCCACGCGCUCAUCCUCUGUGGGCUCCAGUUCAUCUCCUGUGUCCGUGGGCAGUGGACCGAAUGCAGUGACUUCUCCCCUCCCAUAACGGUGGUCCUGCUGAUCUUCCUGUGCCUUGAGGGUCUCCUGUUCUUCACGUUCACGGCAGUCAUGUUUGGCACCCAGAUCCACUCCAUAUGCAACGACGAGACGGAGAUCGAGAGACUGAAGAGCGAGAAGCCCACGUGGGAGCGGAGGCUGCGGUGGGAGGGGAUGAAGUCCGUCUUUGGGGGUCCUCCCUCACUCCUCUGGAUGAACCCCUUUGUCGGCUUCCGCCUCAGGCAACUGCAACUCAGGCCCAGGAAAGGGGGCCCCGAGUUCUCCGUGUGAGCCUCCGGCCGGCCCGACUCAGUCUCAGACAUUUGUUGUCACUGGAGUCAGCGGUGGCGGCGGCCUUGCCCACAUCGGGACCAGCAGCAGGUGGAGCUGCCCAGCUGCUGCGGGCGGCCAGUGGCUCCACGGACCCAGGGCCUGUCCCGAGGGAAGGCUGUCCCCCUUCCUGCACAGCUGUGUUGUCAGGAGGCUGUGGGGUGCUACAUGGGUCAGGAACCCCAUGUACCAAGCUGCUCUUCUCAAUCCAAGAUGGCAGGCCGUGUGGCUCCCUGGCCGGAAGGGGCGUCUCCACAGAGACCCGGCGGCCCGGGCAGGCUCUGGCUCUGCACUGAACAGCAAGUCCGUGUGUGCGUCCAUCUGUGUGUGUGUCUGUGCGCGCGUGCAUGUGUGUCAAAAUCGGCAGUGUGACAUUUACUGGUGUGUGCAGCAAACAAGCUAUUUUUAGACACCGCCGUUUCAGGGAAGUGGGGUGGGCUGGUGGCCCCGCAGGGGCUCCUGUGAAUGUAUUGCACACGGAGAGCCGGAUCCAAAGAGCAGUCAUUCCUGCGCGGCCCUCUGCGGCCGCGUUUGCAUUUUACUUUCAGAUCCACAGUGCUUGAGGCCCAGGGCUGAGCUUGCGGUUGCUCCGGCCGCGCCGUGCACAGCCCCGCGAGCCUGCGGCCCCUCUGGGCACCUGCGCCGCGCUGGUGGCUUUGGUUUUUAUGUUCGUUCUCUACCCACAGCACAGGUGAUAACUGGACCCUUGGUGCGAGAGAGCUUAAAAUUAUGCCAGGAAGCAAACAGCUCCCCUCUGCGGGGCUUGCCUUAAACUUGCCCGCUGUCCCUUCGCUGCUGGCCGUGAGGAGGCGCCACGCCCGUGCCCGCUGACGGGGGUGCCCGCCUGGGCACCGGCUGCCUUCCUGUCUGCUGUGUGUCGGCCUCGGUCGCUCUGCGGUGACCGCUGGUGACAAGCCUGAGGGAAGGGACAGACUCACAGCCAGAGGUCAGCGCGGGUUGACCAGGACCGUGUCCAGUAGUCGCUGCACACCGUGUCUGGCUUGGACACGGGUGGGAGGCUUGAAGUAUGUCCAACCUAUUCAAUCAAAGUCACUAUCACAGCGGUCCGCACCGCGAGACUUGGCGAAUCAAGUAUACUUGACUUUCAACCUCUCCUUUCAAUGUAACUUUUAUAUAAAAUAAAGUAACCAAUGGACAGUU